AGCCAAGUUGCAGAAUUUGGCUCAGAAGACGAUUUCGAAAAAUAUGCUGGAGAGCUAUUAGAUGCAACGGUAGAUGAAACACAAUUUCCACUGCUUAUCAUCUUUGAUGAAGCUCGUGCGAUGGUUGCAACGGGCGACUUUCAGUUUGUUCGCCGAGCACUCCGCUAUUUUACAAAGGGUGUUGUAGCAGUAUUUGCUGACACCAUGUCGAGUUUAUGUAAUUUUUCUCCAUUGGCAGAAGCAGACCCAUCUUUCCGACCUCGCACAUACAUGGAACUUUUCCCCCCUUUUUAUCAGCUGUGCACCUUUGAUUUGUUCGCCCGCCAGAAAAGCUAUCUGGAUUGCAAGAUAUGGGAAUAUGGAAGAGUCAUGUGGGCGGCUUUCAGGUCAUGUGGUAUGACCGACGGGGAUCUUGUUACUUUUGCUCAAGCGAAAUUACUUGGCGGUUACGAACAGGUGGAAACGCUCCUAACGAUAACACCACAAAUGGCAAUAGCCAUACUCUCAUCAUUUGCAAGCAUUGAAAUUACACCCUCUUCUUCCUUGUCAAAGCAAGUUGUUGCAGGUAACAUGGCAAUGUGUCUUCAUGUAUCCCACGACCGAUCUAGCAUAAUGGCACGAUACCCGUCAGAUCCUGUUCUGGCCGAAGCAGCGGCAAAAUUGGUGCAAGAUACAUUCAAUCAUGAAAAGCGUAUGCAAAUGCUAAGAGUAUUGGCGAACAGCCUUACCAACGGUUUAGUAGAGCGAGGGAAGAGGGGGGAGCUGAUUGGUUCGUUGAUAAUCGGAUUGGCGAUGCAAAGAUGCCAAAAGGCUCGCUUUCAGAAAAAGGUGCCUUUUCGAUAUUCUCAAGCAGUUUCUUUAGAGGCUUUUUUGAAUGUGUUCAUUGAUAUCGAUGAGGAAAGUUUGGAUACCAGGCUCGAAAAUGUCUAUGUAAAGUUUUCACAUGCAUGGAAAAUCAGUGGAGGGACAAACCAGCAGCUAUCCAAAACGUUAUUGAAAGCUGGAUGGAAUCGAGGCUGUUACUUUCUAUGCGAAGAAAAUCAGGAAGCUGUUGAUGUCGUUAUUCCGACAUCGCACAAUGCAAACAAUUAUGAGGAUGGUCCCCCUUUGCUUAUCCAAAUCAAAAAUCGGUCUGGGAGAGGUGCAAUCAGAGAUGCAUUUUUAAAGCUUGGUUCAGCAAAACUCAAUGCAAUCAAACCCGAGUCAGACGAGGUAACAUUUGUAGGACUGUUGCUUUCUUUUGGAGCAAAAACGGCCAAGUCAGAAAGGUAUUCUGUCGAUAAGGAAGAUUUCGAAUCUCUGCGCUAUGGUGUCGUCUACGGUGUAUAUGGAAGCCGAUGUUUUGAGAAACUAUUUGAGAAUGUUAAAGAGAACGAUGAGAUAGCAACAGCUAUCAGCGAGAUCUUAGAUGCGUUUCCUGAUCCGAUGAAGAAAGAACUUCCAUCUCUGUUACAAGACGACGAACGCUACGAAGGCUAUUGCUCUUACAACAACGAGUUCCUUACAAUAACUACCUUGAACCAAAGUCUAGCUGAAAAGGAGUGA